AUGUCGUUCCUUACCGAGACCAUCACCCGCCGUGUGGCCCUCGCUUCCAGAGUUACAUUGGUGCAGGCACCCCGGCCAUUCAGCACAAGCAGCCGCCUGCAAAAGGUCGUACCAGACGCCGUCAAGGAUACCGUCAAGACGGUAGACCGCAAGGUGUCAGACAAGCUUGUUGACGGCAUCAACAUUACCACCGAGGCCACGCAGAAACUUACUGGAAAGGAGAUCGGAGGCAAAGUUACAGGAAAGGCUGAAGAGAUUCGUGGAGAAGCCAAAGGCAAGGCGGCCGAGCUGAAAGGCGAGGCGAAGGGUGCUGCCAACGAGGCGGCGGGUAAGGCCAAGGGUGCUGCAGAGAAGAUGUAA